UCGACUUGAAGGUGAGAUACUUUAAUCUAGGGAGCUCAAAAGGGAACAGAAAAUGUGUUUGAAUACUUCAUCCCUCCUUCCCAUACUUCUGUGGCAUUCAUCGUAUCUGGCAGUGUUCCACCAAUUCUUGUAAGACUUUGUCCCAUUGUUUUCUCACUCAACAUCACUGAUGGAUAUUGGAUUAUAUAGAUAUAUGGAUAUUUUAGGUUGUAUUCUGAAUAUAAGGAUCCACUUUAUGUCACAUGAUUUAUAUUAAUCCUGCUUCUUUUUUCUUCCUCCUUUUUGAAGGGCUGCACUGUGGAAAUAAGAGAUCCUGAGGGAAAGAAGAAUCCAUCAAAUCCCCCUCAGGAGCUAUUUUUCAGGAGGAUCCCUUGGGUAGAUCAAAAUCAGGACACUUCAGGAGAGAAACAACGCAUGAACUUUUCUGGUUCUUACGAUGGAGCUCAAGCAGUGGUUGAACCUCCAAAUCAAGAGAGUCUUGUGUCCUUCGAAGACGUGGCUGUGUAUUUCUCUGAGGAGGAAUGGUCUCAGCUGGAUCCUGACCAAAAAGCGCUGCAUUUGGAAGUCAUGCUGGAAAACCAUAGAAACAUGGUCUCUCUGGGUAAUAAUGGGCAGGAGAAUCAAGACUCCUAUGAACUGUUCCAAGUGAUCAAUGCUAAAGGUGAAAUGGAGAACUUUGGAAUUCAAAUGGAAUUAGAAAGCCAUGAGAGAAACCAGUCAAAUAAUUGGAAUCAGGAUAGCUCAUCUUCCACUGAUGCUCCGAUGCAAGAUUUUCAUGCCCAACAAGAGAAAAUUAGGAAAGAAUAUAUUGGGAAAAGUAUGAAACAAAAAGGAUUAACCCAAAACAAAGGAGAAGAUGCUAUAAGCCAGAACGGAAAGAAUUACAAUGAGACAUUGAUUCUUUCUCUUCAAAAUAUCUUCCUUACAUCUCAAAAAACGAUUCACACAAAAAAGGAGCCUUAUAAAUGUUUGGAAUCUGGAAAACAUUUUAGAUCAAGCAGGCAACUUACUUCCCAUGAAUGGAUUCACACUGCAAGGAAACAGUGUUCAGAAUCACCUGUAGCCCAUGCAGCCCUGUCCCUCCAAGCAGCAGGAGAGAAACCCUAUAAAUGCAUGGAGUGUGGGAAAGCCUUUACUCGAAGUGGUAAUCUUAUUACCCAUAAGAUGAUCCACACAGGGGAAAAGCCAUUUAAAUGCAUGGAGUGUGGAAAGACCUUUGCUCGAAGUGGUAAUCUUAUUACCCAUAAGAUGAUCCACACGGGGGAGAAGCCAUAUAAAUGCAUGGAGUGUGGAAAGACCUUUGCUCGAAGAGGUCAUCUUAUUUCCCAUAAAAUGAUCCACACAGGGGAGAAGCCAUUUAAAUGCAUGGAGUGCGGAAAAACCUUUACUCAUAAAAAUAGUCUUAUUUCCCAUCAGGUGAUCCACACAGGGGAGAAGCAAUUUAAAUGCAUGGAAUGUGGAAAGGCCUUUGCUCUGAGCAGUAAACUUACUAUCCAUAAAAAGAUCCACACAGGGGAAAAACCGUAUAAAUGCAUGGAGUGUGGAGAAACCUAUACUCAUAAAAAUAGUCUUAUUUCCCAUCAGGUGAUCCACACAGGGGAGAAACCGUUUAAAUGCAUGGAGUGUGGAAAGAGCUUUGCUCUGAGCGGUAGACUUACUAUCCAUAAAAAGAUCCACACAGAGGAAAAGCCAUUUAAAUGCAUGGAGUGUGGAAAGACCUUUGCCCGAAGAGGUAAUCUUAUUUCCCAUAAGAUGAUCCAUACAGGGGAGAAGCCAUAUAAAUGCAUGGAGUGUGGAAAGACCUUUGCUCGAAGAGGUCAUCUUAUUUCCCAUAAGAUGAUCCACACGGGGGAGAAGCCAUAUAAAUGCAUGGAGUGUGGAAAGACCUUUGCUCGAAGAGGUCAUCUUAUUUCCCAUAAAAUGAUCCACACAGGGGAGAAGCCAUUUAAAUGCAUGGAGUGCGGAGAAACCUUUACUCAUAAAAGUAGUCUUAUUUCCCAUCAGGUGAUCCACACAGGGGAGAAGCCGUUUAAAUGCAUGGAGUGUGGAAAAACCUUUGCUCUGAGCAGUAAACUUACUAUCCAUAAAAAGAUCCACACAGGGGAAAAACCGUAUAAAUGCAUGGAGUGCGGAGAAACCUUUACUCAUAAAAAUAGUCUUAUUUCCCAUCAGGUGAUCCACACAGGGGAGAAGCCAUUUAAAUGCAUGGAGUGUGGAAAGACCUUUGCUCUGAGCAGUAUACUUAGUAUCCAUAAAAAGAUCCACACAGGGGAAAAGCCAUAUAAAUGCGCACAGUGUGGGAAAACAUUUACUCAAAAAAGUAAUCUUAUUUCCCAUAAGAGGAUCCACACAGGGGAGAAGCCAUAUAAAUGCAUAGAGUGUGGAAAGACCUUUGCUCGAAGAGAUUAUCUUAUUUCCCAUAAGAUGAUCCACACAGGGGAGAAGCCAUAUAAAUGCAUGGAGUGUGAAAAGACCUUUGCUCGAAGAGGUCAUCUUAUUUCCCAUAAGAUGAUACACAUGGGAAAAGCCAUAUAAAUGCAUGGAGUGCGGAGAAACCUUUACUCAUAAAAGUAGUCUUAUUUCCCAUCAGGUGAUCCACACGGGAGAAGCCAUUUAAAUGCAUGGAGUGUGGAAAGACCUUUGCUCGAAGAGGUCAUCUUGUUUCCCAUAAGAUGAUCCACAGAGGGGAGAAGCCGUAUAAAUGAAUGGAGUGUGGAAAGUUCUUUACGCAAAGAGGGAAUCUUAUUUCCCACACAGGGGAGAAGCCGUUUAAAUGCAUAGUGUGGAAAGACCUUUGCUCUGAGCAGUAGACUUACUAUCCAUAAAAAGAUCCACACAGGGGAAAAAACCAUUUAAAUGCAUGGAGUGUGGAAAUAUCUUUGCUCAGAAUAGUAAUCUUACUUCUCAUAAAAAGAUCCACACUCGGGAGAAAGUAUAUAUGAAUAGCAAUUCCACUUAUAUACCACUCUACAAUGUUUUACAGCGCUGUCUGAGCAGUUCACAAAAUCAGCAUAUUGUCCCCAGCAAGCUGAGUCCUUGUUUUACCAACCUCAAAAGGUUAAAACGCUGACUCAGCAAUGAGCCCAUCAGGAUUGAACUCUUGGCUGUGGGUAAUUACCUUCUAGUACUGCAUUCUAACCUCUACCCACCAUGUCGGUAGAUUUUUUUCUGUAUGAAUGUUGUGCCUUUCUGAUCCAAAUGAGACAAAAUUGCAUCCAACAAAGUGAGAUUUAAUGUGGAGAAAAGUAAGGUAUUUCAUCUGGGCGGGAAAAACAGAUUAAAUGAAAUCUGGCUCAAAUACAGUAACUCUGAGAGGGGCCUUGGAGUCCUAAUGGAUGAUCACUUAAAUAUGAGUCACCUGUGUGCGGCAGCAGCCAAAAAAGCUAAGACUUGGUUGUAUAAACAGGCAUAGAAUCAAAAUCACCUAUUAGUACCGUUUUUAUAAAGACUUAGUAAGACCACACUUGGAAUACUGCAUCCAGUUUUAUUAUUAUUAUUAUUAUUUAUUAAAUUUUUACACCGCCCUUCUCCUGAAGAAACUUUUGGACAUUACAUUACAAAAAGGAUGUUUUGUCUUUGGAAAAAGUGUAAAGAUCAACUAAGAUGAUUAAAUUCAGUUCUACAGAGGAAUUAUUGAGUCUGUCAUUUGCACCUCUAUAACUGUCUGGUUGGGUUUGCAACCCAACAAGAAAGACAGACUUCAGAGGAUCAUUAGAACUGCAGAAAAAAUAAUUGCUACCAACCUGCCUUCCAUUGAGGACCUGUAUACUGCACGAAUCAAGAAGAGGGCCGUGAAAAUAUUUACAGAUUCCUCACAUUAGGACAUAAACUGUUUAAACUCCUACCCUCAAAAUGACGCUAUAGAGCACUGCACACCAGAACAACUAGACACAAGAACAGUUUUUCCCCGAAGGCCAUCACUCUGCUAAACAAAUAAUUCCCUCAACACUGUCAAACUAUUUACUAAAUCUGCACUACUAUUAAUCUUCUCAUAGUUCCCAUCACCAAUCUCUUUCCACUUAUGACUGUAUGACUAACUUUGUUGCUGGCAAUCCUUAUGAUUUAUAUUGAUAUAUUUACCAUCAUUUGUGUUGUAAAUGAUGUACCUUGAAGAACGUAUCUUUUCUUUUAUGUACACUGAGAGCAUAUGCACCAAGCAAGUUCCUUGUAUGUCCAAUCACACUUGGCCAAUAAAAAUUCUAUUCUAUUCUA